AUGGCUUCCAUUUCCGGCAUUUGUUCUUCUUCUCCAUCUUUGAAGCCUCAAACCAAGGCCCUUUUUCUUGGACCUGCUGGGUCAUUACGCAAAGAUUCAAUCUCGUUUCCGGUUCGUGCCAAGCUCAAUGACGGUAGAUUGGGUUCUGGUACUGCUCACUCGGUUGCUAAAGAGAUCUCAGUUGAACUGUCAGCUGCUGAUGGAGGUUUUAGCAAGGGGAAGAAGAAGGGUUUAGAGAAAGAUCCUCGUGCGCUUUGGAGUAGAUACGUUGACUGGCUUUAUCAGCAUAAGGAACUUGGGUUGUUUUUGGAUGUAAGUCGGAUUGGGUUCUCGGAUGAGUUCCUAGCGGAGAUGGAGCCUCGGUUUCAAAAGGCGUUCAAGGAUAUGGAGGCGCUUGAGAAAGGUGCGAUUGCUAAUCCAGAUGAGAGACGGAUGGUUGGGCAUUAUUGGUUGAGGAACUCUGAGCUUGCACCUAACUCGUUCUUGAAGUCGCAGAUUAAUAGUGCUCUUGAUGCUGUAUGUAAAUUUGCAGACGAUAUCAUCAGCGGUAAGAUUAAGCCCCCAUCUUCUCCCGAGGGCCGUUUUACCCAGAUACUUUCUGUUGGGAUAGGUGGAUCAGCUCUUGGCCCGCAGUUUGUAGCUGAGGCAUUGGCGCCAGACAACCCUCCACUUAAGAUAAGAUUUAUUGACAAUACAGACCCAGCAGGAAUUGAUCAUCAGAUUGCACAACUAGGACAGGAAUUGGAAACUACUCUUGUAAUAGUGAUCUCGAAGAGUGGAGGCACCCCUGAAACUAGAAAUGGUUUAUUGGAAGUACAGAAGGCUUUUCGCGAGGCUGGCUUGGAUUUUGCAAAACAGGGUGUUGCGGUAACACAAGAAAAUUCACUGCUGGAUAAUACUGCAAGGAUUGAGGGUUGGUUAGCCAGGUUCCCAAUGUUUGAUUGGGUGGGUGGUAGAACAUCAGAAAUGUCUGCUGUUGGUCUUCUUCCAGCUGCACUUCAGGGAAUUGACAUUCGAGAAAUGCUUGCUGGUGCUGCUUUGAUGGAUAAUGCAACUAGAUCAACUGAGAUUAGAAAUAAUCCUGCAGCAUUGCUUGCUUUGUGCUGGUAUUGGGCUUCUGAUGGGGUUGGAUCUAAGGAUAUGGUUGUUCUUCCAUACAAGGACAGUCUGCUAUUGUUUAGUCGUUAUUUGCAGCAACUGGUCAUGGAAUCCCUUGGAAAAGAGUUUGACCUUGAUGGAAAUCGGGUUAAUCAGGGGCUUACAGUAUAUGGAAAUAAAGGGAGUACAGAUCAACAUGCCUACAUUCAACAAUUGAGAGAAGGCGUGCAUAAUUUCUUCGUGACAUUUAUCGAAGUGCUACGUGAUAGGCCCCCUGGUCAUGACUGGGAGCUUGAGCCAGGUGUUACAUGUGGUGACUACCUUUUUGGUAUGCUACAGGGAACAAGAUCUGCACUCUAUGCUAAUGAUAGGGAGUCCAUCUCAGUCACUGUUCAAGAAGUGACUCCUAGAUCUGUAGGCGGAAUGGUAGCACUUUAUGAAAGAGCUGUUGGAUUAUAUGCCAGCAUUAUCAACAUUAAUGCAUACCAUCAACCUGGUGUGGAAGCUGGGAAGAAAGCUGCAGGGGAAGUGCUUGCUCUCCAAAAGCGUGUCUUGGCAGUACUUAAUGAGGCCAGCUGUAAAGAACCUGUGGAACCAUUGACACUUGAUGAAGUAGCUGAACGUUGUCAUGCUCCUGAGGAUAUUGAAAUGAUUUACAAGAUUAUCGCUCACAUGGCCGCCAAUGAUAGAGCACUGAUUGCUGAAGGCUCUUGUGGUUCACCUCGCAGCAUUAAGGUAUUCCUUGGAGAGUGUAAUGUUGAUGAUCUGUAUGCUUAACCUAAAAACAGCAGUAAUUGUUCUUAUAUCUCAUGCUGUUUGGAUCUCUUAAUAAAAUUGAAAGUACUUUUGCUGUUCAUGUCACUUCAGGCUCUCAGAGUUUUCAUCUCUGGAAUUAUCUCAAAUAAUCUUAUGAGAGCUUUUUUUUGCCCCAA